CGCUCGUGAAGGUGGUAGACGGCAAGGGCACCAUGCACUCUGCUCGAAUGCUGCUCGACAACGGCAGCACGGCUAAUUUCAUUACGCAAUCGCUCUGCGGUAAGCUGGGUAAAAAUCAACCUAAGUUAUAUGAGACAAAACUGGGUUGGCUAAUAUCUGGGCACGUCGCCCGUCUUAAGUCACCGUCUUCGUCCCCCAUUUGCCAUUUUGCAAAUGAGGAACCCUAUCCAGACUUAUCACGUUUCUGGGAACUAGACACUGUCGCAGCUAAGCACUCCUUAUCUCCAGAAGAGCGUGCCUGUGAGCAGAGCUUCUUAUUGAACACCACGCGCAAUGACGACGGCGCCUUUAUAGUCACUAUGCCGCUGAAGGAGAAUCCUUCAGUCUUAGGCGAUUCAUUUCAAAUGGCAAGGAACCGUUUUCUAUCAUUGGAGCGUGGCAAAAACCUUUCAAAAAGUAUUUUCAAUAAAUGUGUGCGAUGUUUCAGACACAAGGCUGAAACUGUUCAACCUAUCAUGGGUCAGCUGCCAGUUUCUAGAACGGAGCUAGAGUUCCCAUUUUUACAUUGUAGCGUUGACUACGCCGGGCCAGUAUUGAUAGCGGACCGAAAGGGUAGAGGUUGCAAACUAAUAAAGUCUUUUUUGGCAAUCUUUAUUUGCAAUUCGGUUAAAGCCUGUCAUAUCGAACUCGUUACGGCUCUAUCUAGUGAAGCGUACAUAGCCGCCUUAAAUCGUUUUGUUUCACGUCGCGGCAAGCCUGAAAGCAUCACGUCUGACAACGGUACCAAUUUCGUUGGUACUUGUAACGAGCUAGCUCAAUUCCUCGUACAGUCGGACCUAGAAGGUCGCUUUGCUCAAGAAGGCAUCGAAUUUAAAUUCGUGCCAGCUUAUACACCCCAUUUCAAUGGCUUAGCUGAAGCAGCCGUACGUUCUACAAAACAUCACCUUAGACGCUUGUUACAAUUAACUCAUUUGACCUAUGAGGAGAUGGCUACAUGCCUCACUCAAAUAGAGGCAGUACUAAAUUCUCGUCCUCUCACCCCUCUUUCCACUGAUCCCUUAGAUUUUUCCGCUCUCACUCCUGCUCACUUUUUAAUUGGACGCUCACUUAUGUCCGUUCCUCAGCCGCAGGUUCCUGAUACGAACAUCAACCGCAUCGAGAGAUUCAGACGAAUUGAGCUGCUGAAACAACACUUUUGGAAGCGCUUUUCCUUGGAGUAUGUUACACUGCUUCAAGAAAAGACGAAAUGGCGAACUUCAACUGAGGAGCUGAAACUUGACUCUCUUGUUCUCGUCAAAGAAAAGGCGCUGCCACCACUACUGUGGUCUCUAGGACGAGUCACUCAGCUCUACCCUGGCAGCGAUGGAGUCACUAGAGUCGCGGAGUUAAAAACUAAGAGAGGCACCAUACGAAGAGCCUUUAAUAAUAUUUGCCCUCUUCCAGUUCUUUGAAGUCUUCACACUUCAACCCGGGGAGCAUGUUGCGAACCGGUCUUAUACCCGCUCGGCACGAGACGCGGGGGAGGACGACACGGCAAGCGUGACGUCACGGCGAGCGGCAGCGGCGCAGGGGCACUCGCCUUAUCGACAGCCACCGGCGACGGUCGACCCCUAUUAUUUAUUUAUUAU